CACGAGUAAUCACGACAUUAAUUCAUGCUGAGAAUAAAUAUUAAAUACCUUCAUUAUUAUAACGGUUUUACAUUUGAGAACACAAAUAUAUAAUCGAAUUUUAAUAAAAUAUACGAAUACUCGUUAACGUGAAACUAGUUGAAUAAUAAUGAACAAUAAUGGGGGAUUCUAAUUUAACUGAUUUACGAAAACAAUGCCUUAGUAGUCUAUAUUCGUGCACGGAAAACAUAUCGAAAUAUUUAGAUGUUGAAAGAAGUAGUGAAUUUGAAAAAAUGAAGUCACACGUGAAAGAAUAUUGUUUGAUGGAAGCACAAGAACAGGUAGCGGCACAAGCAUUAGAAAAAGCCAAGGGAGAAAUUGAUGCUUCAAACGUGGACAGCCUAGAUACAAAGUUUGAAUCUAACUUACGUAUUAUGGCAAAAAACAAUUUAGCUGUUGAUAGACAUCCAUACAUGUUGGAAUUUAAGACACACGUUGAAAAAGCAAUGCAAAGUGCUAAAAGUAACAUAGAUGAUUCAGACAUAGCAAUAACAGAAUCUCAAACAAUAUAUAAUGACCCUUUUACAAAAAAAUCAAUAGAAGAUCCAGUAAGAAACUCAAUGUGUGGACAUAUAUAUGAAAAAGAAGUAAUUAUGAAAAUCAUACAAAAGAAUAAGAAGGGAAUCAAAUGCCCAGUUGCCGGUUGUGGUAACCGGAACUUGAUAAAGGCAAAACACUUGAUAUCUGAUGAUGAACUUAAAUUUAGAAUGACGCUUACUCACCAUUCCACAAUGGUACAGGAACGCUCUAUUAUGGAAUUAAAUGAUUAAGCACAAUAACAUACCAAAAAUUUCAAUGUUGCUAGAACAGGUGGCC